AUGACGUUAAUGGAGCUGCAGAACGGCCUCUGUAAAAGCAUGGAGAACAGUAAGUUAAUGAGAGUGAGCAGAAUUCUGUACCGGAAUCCGAUUGUAGUUUUUGGUGGUCUAAUACAGUUUGAUCCCAUGCCGAUCACUGAUGAAGCGAGUAUGCAGAACAUGUUUCAAAUUCACCGGCAGACUCAGAUGCGACGCCCACAGACUGAGGUGUACGUUGAGUUUGAAACUGUAGAGGCAGUGGCGGAUCAGAAUGAUAUAGAUAUACAUGAUGAUAGAGAUGCAGUGUACGAAGGAAUGAAUAGUGACAGCGAAGAGGACUUCGAAGCCACUUAUGAGGCUGGCGACGAAGAUGAGGAUGGCGAUGUGGGAGUUGAGGCAGCAGCAGAGAAUGUAGUGGUUCGUCCGUCGAGCAAUCAACCGAUGGACGUUCCACCUUUUAUGCGCGUUGCCGAUGCUGAGGACGGGGAGUUCCGGAUUGGAAUGAAAUACAGUUCUAGAAAGUUGGUCGUCGCAGCAAUUAGAAGUUUCACUAUAUCUAAAGGAGUUGACUAUGAGGUGUAUGAGUCUGAGCCACAGACGUUCUAUGCAAAAUGCAAGAUGUACGGGCGUCGAUGUGACUGGCUUAUCCGAGCUAGCUUGAUACGGAAAAAAGGUUGUUGGGAGAUACGAAGAUAUAACGGUAGGCACACGUGCACGAUCGGAACGAUUUCACAAGAUCAUUCCAAGUUGGACUCAGAUACAAUUGCUGAGGCUAUAAGGCUAUUGGUCAAGAUAGACCCGUCUAUCAAGGUGAAAUCUAUAAUUGCGGAAGUCUAG